AUGGGUACAAACAUAAUGAAGCUCGCAAUCAACCGACGCCUGCUGCUCCCCCCCGACGAGCGCCCGCGUCUCUCGCGUCUCCCUAUGUGGACAGGCGGGUUCGGCAUGUUUGCCCUUGGCACCGCCAUGUCCUUUGGCGCCUUCAAGUUCGCCGCUCAAUCCCUCCUCUCGGGCUUGGGCUCCGUCCAGUUUCUCUCCCAGGUCUUCUUCUCGCGUUUCAUUCUGCACGAAAAGAUUGAAAAAUACGCCUACGCGGGUGUCGCCCUCAUCAUCACCGGCUGCAUCUUCAUCGUCAUCUUCGGCGCCCACGGUACCAAGAACUACCGCCCCGAGGAACUUGCCGCCUUGUACGGAAGAAGUGAAUAUGUGUGCUACUUGUUAGGCGCCGGGUUUUUGGCCUGCGUCGUUUCCUUGUCCUACUCGAGUAUGAAACAGAAGAUCAUGCGCGAUAGGGGGAUUGGACGCUUCGAUAUCGCUAAGAGCACCAUCCGCGAGCGACAGGUUCUCGCAGUGUUCUUUUCCAUCAAGUCAGCCUUGUUUGGUACCCAAGCCGUCGUGCUCGCAAAGUCACUGUCCAUGCUCUUGAUACAGGCCCUGCAUCCGAAUCCGGCCUACUCCAACCCGUUGUUUUCGUACCAGACCUACUUCAUUAUUCUUGGUUUCAUUGCAGCCGCGACGUACUGGGUCACACGACUGAACCAUGGCUUGCGUUUGUUCGAGGCCGUUUAUCUUAUCCCUAUGAUGCAGAUCUGUUGGAUUUUGUUCAGCACCAUCGCGGGUGGUAUAUACUAUGAAGAGUUUAACGGCUUCGGGCAGAAAGAGUAUGGAGCUUACGCCGUCGGCUUCGUCUGUGUAUUGGUUGGCGUCGCUAUGUUGUGUCCGCGGGACGACACAAAGUCGCUCAAUGCGGCCGAUGUCAUUUAUGAUAUCGUGUCGGAAGAAAACCCCCUCGUGUCGCCGUCGGCGCGGCCUAAGUUUCAGCCGUUUUCCGAGGAGGAGGAACACGAAGUUAACGGCCGGCGGUACCGGCUAGUGCGAUCUGAUGACUUUGAUGCACAGGAGGAAGGCACCAGAGAAGUUAAGAAGCAGACAGACGGUCUGCCAGCAGAAGUGCCAAAAACGCCUGAGGCGGCCGCGUUCACCGAAGAGCGUACGCCGGCUGAAGCUUCAGCAGCUCAUGGGACAGGGAAGGGGGUGUAG